AUGCGCUGGGUCCUUCCUUCAUUGCUUCUGUGUUUGGCCAUCCCUGCGUUGGGAGCCUCCAAGCCACAACGGCUGGGCUCAUGGCUCCGGGGGCAGUUGCCCACCUUCGCCGAGAACCAGACGCAGUCGCCCUUCUUCAAUGAGCGCUCCAGUGGCGAUGGUGUCAGCCACGAGCUCUAUUUCUGGUUCUUUCCGUCGACCAACCCGGUGGCCCAACAGAACAAGGAGAUCCUGAUCUAUCUCACCGGCGGGCCCGGAUGCUCGUCGAUAGGCGAACUGCUGCAGUCAAAUGGCCCGAUCUCGUGGCAGCCCGGAACGCUCCAAGCCAUCCCGAACAAGUGGAGCUGGCACCGCCUGACCAACGUCGUCUGGGUUGACCAGCCCGUCGGUACCGGGUUCUCGCAGGGCACUCCCACGGCGGUGAACCAGCAGGAUGUGGCCCGGGAUUUUCUCGGCUUCUGGACAAACUUCGUCGAGACGUUCGCGCUGCAGGGCUACGCGGUGUACGUGACCGGCUCGUCGUACGCCGGCAUGUAUGCGCCCUUCAUCUCGAGCGCCAUGCUCGACCGGAAGAACAAGACGUACUUCAACGUCUCGGGCAUGGCCAUCUGGGAUGGCUUGUACUCGAAGGUGGCCCUGACGCAGGACGUCCUCGUCGCGUCGAACGUCAACAAGUGGAGCAGCAUCCUGCCCUUCAACGACUCUUUCUCGGCCUUCAUCAAGACGAUCGACGCCAAAUGCGGCUAUACGGCGUAUCUCGACGAGUUCCUCGUCUUUCCGCCCAAGGGCGUUCAGCCCUCGGCGCUUCCAGGUCAGAACCCAUUGACCAACCUGCCCCUGCCGGGCUGCGCUCUGUACCUGAGCGUGGUCUCGGCCGUGCUGGAGCUCAACCCGUGUUUCAGCGCUUUCGACAUCACCCUCCACUGCCCUGUGCUGUUUGACCCCAUCGGUUUCGCGGGCGGCCACUUGACGCUCCCGCCCGCCUUCCCCGUUCCUGUCUUCGACUUCCCCGAAGUCAAGGCGGCUCUCCACGCGCCGGCCAACGCAACCUGGGUCUUCUGCCAGAACCCGGCGAUCAGGCCGGUCUUCGUCAACGGGACGGACCAGUCCCUCAACGCGGGGCCCGGCAGCCAGGCGGUGCUGCCCGGCGUGAUCGAGCGCACGGGCAACGUCAUCCUGGGCCACGGCUCGCGCGACUUCCUGGUCCUGCCCGAGGCCACGCUGCUGACGAUCCAGAACCUGACGUGGAACGGCCGGCUCGGCUUCCAGCAGCGCCCGGCCGCGCCGCUGGUCCUGCCCGCCCACGGCGGCGGCGCUAGCGCCGGCGUCGCGGCGGUGGCGGCCGGCGCGGGAGUCGUCGGGUCGACCCACGCCGAGCGCGGGCUGACCUGCGGGUUCGAGAGCACGGAGCCGUUCACGGUGGAUGUCGGCGGCGGAGGGGCGCAGCCGGCGGGGGAUCUGGGGAAUGGGACGGUGGUUGUGGGCGGUUGA